UAUGACAGCAGUAGCAGCAACAGCAACCACACAGCUUCACCGGGCAGCCUUUGCUGCAGUACGCUGAUUACCACUUUCUUAGCAUCCGGCAAGAUUCCACAGCAGCAAGCACUUGGAGCAGACUCUGCAGGGGAGCUUGUUUAAGGAGUACGUGACUAAAGAAUUGGGUUAAUCUUUAACUGCAGGAGAAGUGCCUGUAGUUUCUCCACACAGACACCCUCCUGGGUUUUUUGCAGUCUUAAUUUAUUGGAGCUUUUGUCCCUCUUUCUUUUUUGCAAUUAUUCUUAUUCUUACUUAUUUAUUAUUCACCCCCCAAAUCUGUGCUGCAUCACUAGCUCUCAUUAUGCGGUGCUCAGUAGCCCAGUCUGUUCUCCGCCUCUGCUAGGCAGUGGCAGCAUGGAUGGUGCUCUUGUGACGACCUCUGCUGAUUCUAUCAGUCCACUGCGGAUAGGCAUGCUGAGUAAUCCUGCUGUAAAUGGGCGAGGACACGGACACACGGAAAAUUAACCACAGCUUUCUUCGAGACCACAACUAUGUGACUGAAGAUACUACUUGCUGGCUGCAGAGUGUGUGGAUUCAUCUUCCUUCUGGAGCCUGAAACAGGUCAUCACUAGAAAACCUUGCAUUCAGCCUUGCCCUGCAGAGAACAUGGAAGGGGAGAGCAUCUACGAGGUUGAUUCUGAAGAUGGGGUUGGAGCUGAUAUUAUUUCUACAGUUGAGUUCAAUCACACUGGAGAACUACUGGCUACUGGGGACAAGGGAGGUCGGGUUGUUAUAUUCCAAAGGGAACCUGAGAGUAAAAAUGAGCCUUACAUUCAGGGGGAGUACAAUGUUUACAGCACGUUCCAGAGCCAUGAGCCUGAAUUUGAUUAUUUGAAGAGUUUGGAGAUAGAGGAAAAAAUAAACAAGAUCAAGUGGCUACCACAGCAAAAUGCAGCCCACUCCCUUCUGUCAACAAAUGAUAAAACUAUCAAAUUAUGGAAAGUUACUGAACGAGAUAAGAGACCAGAGGGAUACAACUUAAAAGAUGAAGAAGGGAAACUUAAAGAUCUGUCUACCGUAACAUCACUACAGGUGCCUGUAUUGAAACCCAUGGAUUUGAUGGUAGAAGUCACCCCCAGGAGAAUCUUUGCUAAUGGUCACACCUAUCAUGUCAACUCAAUUUCUGUCAACAGCGACUGUGAGACAUACAUGUCAGCUGAUGAUCUCAGGAUUAACCUCUGGCACUUAGCAAUCACAGACCGGAGUUUCAACAUUGUAGAUAUAAAGCCAGCCAACAUGGAGGACUUGACGGAAGUGAUUACUGCAUCCGAGUUUCAUCCCCACCAUUGCAAUCUCUUUGUCUACAGCAGCAGCAAAGGAUCCUUGAGACUCUGUGACAUGAGGGCAUCAGCCCUCUGUGACAAACAUUCCAAACUUUUUGAAGAACCGGAAGACCCCAGUAACAGAUCGUUUUUUUCAGAAAUUAUCUCUUCAGUGUCGGAUGUUAAAUUCAGUCACAGUGGCCGAUAUAUGCUAACAAGGGAUUACCUCACUGUCAAAGUUUGGGAUCUGAACAUGGAAACGAAGCCUAUAGAAACAUAUCAGGUCCAUGAUUACCUUAGGAGCAAGCUGUGUUCCCUUUAUGAAAAUGACUGCAUCUUUGACAAGUUUGAAUGUGCAUGGAAUGGAUCAGACAGUGUUAUUAUGACAGGUGCAUAUAACAACUUCUUUCGAAUGUUUGACCGAAACACCAAGCGGGAUGUUACCUUGGAGGCAUCCCGGGAGAGCAGUAAGCCACGAGCCAUUCUAAAACCCCGCCGAGUCUGCGUAGGGGGCAAGCGAAGGAAAGAUGACAUCAGUGUCGACAGUUUGGACUUUACGAAGAAGAUCUUGCACACAGCCUGGCAUCCAACUGAGAACAUAAUUGCUAUAGCAGCGACAAACAAUCUGUACAUAUUUCAGGAUAAAGUGAACUCAGAAAUGCACUAGAUCGAUCAAUAUCUUUCUGUAUUUAUAAACCAGCCUUUUGAGAGUUGUAGAAGGACAUGAUCUUCACAAAAGUGUGGUCAUUGUGGUGGAAUUUGUAGAUUCCCUCCCACUACCCCUCAGUCUGUAUCAUUGUUGGUGGCAACCAACUGUUUUAAAUCACUGCAACUGUAUAAUUGUCUAAGUAAAAAGGCACUACUGUGAAUUCAGUACUGUGGUCUAUGUCCAUUUUUUAAACAAUCAGGGGUAUUCACUUCAGGACUGAUCCUGUGAGGUGCUGAGUACCCUAAACUCCAGGGACAAUGCUUCACAGGACCAGCAUCCUGCUGUGCUGCAUUCUUCCGCAGUCUGCAGUGUUCACCACAUUAUUAGAGCUUUUCACAUUAGUCCCUUGAUUUUUUUCAGGAAUGCUUUCCGGGCUUUCAAAGUCAAGUAGACUUAUUUAUGAGUGUAGGAAUAGCUGUGUCCCCCAUACAUUGCUGCGUACAGAAGGAAGGCCCGAGACAGUUAGUAAUAUGGAAGCAAAAUAAAUUAUUCUGCUUAUUAACAAGUGACAAGUUGUCCCUAUUUCCCUUUUCACAUUCCCCGUCCCUCGCAUUGAGCCCGCAUUAUGGAGUUCCACAAACACUUUUAUAAUUUUUUACGUCUGCUAGAAAUCCUGACUUUGUAUUUCAACUUUCUGAGUCAAAAAAUGAAGAGUGCUGUCGAUAAUCUCAACUACCUUAGUUUAAAAAGGCAGCUUGUUCUGCAGGUACAUUUCCAAUCACACUGUAGAAUGUGACAAUACUAAUUUCAGUGGGUGCCAUUUAAAAACUCAGGAUUUGCCACUCCACGGUGACUAUUCAACACAUUUAAAGAUACACUUGUUAAUGCAGAUACACAUGUGCUAUUACAAUUUUGGGAUGGGAUUUUCAGAAACCCUCAAGUGUUGGCCUAACUCUGCUUCCACUGAAGUCAAACAUUGAAUUAAGCCCUUUUGAAAAUCCCACACGUGAUGUUUACUGCAUCACACUUAUUACUUUAAACUUGGUAUUUGCAGAAUCCCCAGGAAAUACAGGUUUAAUUACUAUGAAUGGUAACUCAAGAGUUUAGCGUGGCUCAGUGAAUUUUAAAAUGACUGUAAAAUUACAAGAUGACUCCUGGGUGAAACAGAAAACUAAAAUUCUACUUAAAUUGGUUUAUACAGUUCUUUCUUCAAUUGAACUUCAAUGUAAAUGGAAGAUGAUAUUUCCAUUAAGAAGUGUAUAGAAAUGGUGUACAAUUUUGGAAAUGCUUUUUAAUCUAGGAAAUCUUUCUGCAUGACUAAUAAAAUCUGCGGAAAAAUUAUUACCCCAAAUGAUUUCUUCUCAACUCAUGAGUAAAGGAGUGUAACUGAUUCAGAUGCCUUGGCUGAUCUGCUCUUGUUAAAAAUCCCUCACUUAGAAAAGGUUCUUUAACAACCUUACCCCAUUCUUCACUAACUUUUUGGAAAAUGGAGAAUGAACUAAUAAAUGAACCUGCAUGCUUUUAUAUUUUGAUUUUUGGGGGAAAAUCUACUACCAAGGUUUACAAAAAAAAAAGGUGACAACUUUUUAUAUGAAGUCUUGACAUGACACAUGAACUAUGUAUGUUUAAAUUUUUUUAGAUUGAUACUGUAUAUUCCGUGUGUAGAAGCACAAACGCAUGUGCAUCAGUUUCCAGCAAUACUAUACACAUACAGUAUGAAAUAUGUAGGUUAAUUUUAAAGGGAAUGAGGAAUGUUUGUUUAUAAAAUACUGUAUACCCUAGAAGACCUGGGCAGUAUUAUAUGUAUAUAUUUAUUCUAAUUAAAGUUAACAAUCAAUUUUUUUCUUGUAAAAAGGUUUAAGAAUGUGGUAAAUUGUAUAGAAAUCUCGUUAAUGCCAAACUACUGCUUCAAAGGUGUCAUACACUUUCUUUGACUUUUGGCCGCCUCCAUUAACCUUUGUAGCCCAAAAAUGCUAACGGCUCAUACUGGCAUUUACUGCUAGAAGUACUGUAAAACAUAUUUAGCUUCUAACAUCCUCAAGUAAGAGUCUAUAUGUAACUUAUUAUAAAGCAGAUCUUAAUACAACAGUAAUACUAUUUUUAUUUCAAGUACCUUAUUCUGUUUCAGGUUUGGGUACCAAAAAGGUCUUGUAAAAAUAACUAAUAAAAUACAUUUUUGGAGCUUUACAAAAUUAUUGAUUUCCAGACCAAAAUGAUAUGAUGUGAUUAUUGAGGAAAAUAUGGAAAUCCUUUUAAAGACCAGUAUCACAUUCAUGACUCUGAUAUCACUGCUACGAUUCAGUUUCCUGGUCUUUUUGAAUGUAAGAAAGUUGACAUCGUCAUUGUAAAUCUUUUAAAACUUUUUUUCGUUUUUGGUUUAAGCUUUCAGUGGCGUAGAGUAAAUGAUGGUAAAGUUGGUAAAUCAGAUUGUUUGGAAAGCUGUUGUUCAUGGCUGCAUUCUUUGUGUUGCACAAAUUAGCUAACUGUUGUUGAAUAAAGAUAUAAAUAUGUUAAUACCAGCUUUUUCAAUAAAAUGACUGCAAAAAUUGCGUAAACAAA